UGUAUUCUUCUUUGGUUACAGUUCCUGGAUUUGGGCGUGGUAACGAGCAUAGAAUACAAUCACAAGCCCGUCGAAUCUGCGAGAAAAGGUCAGGAAGUCUGCGUGAAAAUUGAGCCGGUACCCGGUGAGGCGCCUAAAAUGUUCGGCCGUCACUUCGACCACGACGAUCCCAUCGUCAGCAAAAUAAGCAGGCAAAGUAUUGAUGCAUGCAAGGAAUACUUCAGGGACGACUUGGUGAAGACUGACUGGCAGUUGAUGGUUGAAUUGAAGAGGCUCUUCCAGAUACUAUAGGAUUUGCUGAAUCUGGCGGGAACGUUGAAGAUCCAUCGACGGCUCUACCGGCUGACAAACACCGAGGACACGAGGGUCGCGAUCGGCAGACACGAAUCGAAGCACUCCGGAUUCGUUACCACCGAUCAUUGUCGACCGUUCCCAUCAUUUGUAAUAUACACGUCGAAGUUAUCGGUCUCUCUGUCGUUGUCUUUGAUAUACGCAAGUAAUAAUCAGCGCACGCCUUGCUUCAUCCUGUGAUCCCUCGAAACGCUUCCCCGGAUCUCUUCCGCGCGCGCAAACACACACACACACACAUACGAUAAUUCCUUAUCGAAAAUAAAACCGGAUCCGUUCGUUUCGUUUCGAAUUUAUUCCGGACGAUCGACAGAGUGGAUUUACUCGUUUCAAAUACCACGACAUUUCCUUCAAACCGUGUACAGUUCCAGACAUGAAAUCAAAAGUUAGCGUCGAAGAUUAUUUUUAUUAAUGUCAUCGGAGAUAAAUGCUUGAGCCAGUACUUAACUUCGCACACCUUGGCGAACACGCAGAAAUAUCGAAUAGCCGAAUCGUUUAAUUAACGUGUACAGUUGAAUGUCGUUAGCGUAACCGUGUCUUAUCGUUAGCAAACCAGGCCAGAGGAGCCACGCCGGAAGCAAACUAGAUUUCGCUAUGGCAUCGUCGAUAGCGUGUCGAGAGAUAGUUCGCGGAUAACAAGAACCCAGAGAGUCCCGCGUGCGUUGGAAAUAUUUUCGAAAUUAGAAAACGUAUUACCUCCGAACGACUGAACGAAUGGAACAAACGAGUAACCGUGUAACGAAACGGGAACGUAGAUGAUUGUGUAUAGUGCUUUCUAUCUAGGAACCAACAAACUAAACUGUCCUAAAUGUUGGGGAGUAGAAAGAAGAGGAAGGACAAUUUUACCACGAAACGGGACGCGCGUUGUCCCUGCUCAAAGGCAUCGGGCGAAAAAGAAUACGAGCCAACGAAAAACACGCAUAUACACAAAUAUAUUAUAUAUAUAUAUAUUUAGGUAUGUGGAUGUCUUUGACGUUUCCUAGUUCCCGGGCAUCUUAAAACCCGAACGAGAAUGGAAAGAAGCGAACGAGUUUCGUCCGAUACUAUCUACCUCGUGUACUCGGUCGCGCGCGAGCCGAACAAGGCGGUAGCUGUUCGAACGAAAAGGGACUUCCGUCUUCUCUCUUUCUCCUCUUCCCGCGUCGAAGUGCGACCGAUUCGAUCCGUUUUUGCGAUCGACGUUACGUCACGCGACCCGGUUUAUCCGCUCCCGCGACAACCGUGUCUUUUUCGGGCUUGUUGCUAGCUCAAUCGUUUCGUCAACGAACUUCAUUUUAAUUUAUACAUUCUUGUACAUCAUACUUUUCCAUGACGUCCACGUAAAAAGUAAGGUGAUCAUCGCGAAUUAUACUAUUUUAUUCCUUUACCAAGACGAAAUAUAUAUAUACAUAUAUGUAUAUAUAUAUAUGUAUACAUAUAUAGGCAUAUACGACGGUAAUAUAUUUUUGAAAUUUUUGUGACACAACGUGUCGAGGGAACGUGCAAUAUCAAUUUAAUCCAGAAGUCUGUGAAAUCUUUCGUGUCCGGAGUUCUGUAAAAUGGUAAUUGAUGCUAGGGGAUGUGGCAAGUACGACGAAUUUUGUCACGAGUGGCAAAACUCGUCUCUGUGUCGGCACCCGACUCAAUCGAUUCAUGGAAGCAGAAGCGUGUGCCUCGCAUACGAUUUCCGACGGUGUUUCGUCGUUCGAGAACGCACGUGCGAGGAAGAGAAGGAUUAGACAGAGAGAGAGAGAGAGAGAGAGAGAGAGAGAGAAUGUAGAUACGUGGACAGAACGAGGACAGGGAAUGAAUGACUGACUGAGAGAGCGAGAAAGAAUGAGACAGGAACAAAAUGUUAGAAUGCUAUUCCAUUAGAAGAAGAGGAGAAAGAAAAAAAGGAAAUGAUGAUAUAUACGUGAGCCUUACGUGUUUUGUAUAUGUACUCACUUUGUAUAAGAUAAUCGAGCGAAUUAUCGCGACAAAAAUAAAGACUACGAGUUUCACAAGGAAA